AUGAGUUAUCAGCUUUUAGCAGUUGCUGGUGGUCCUCAUGACACCUUAGAGGAAGUUAUUGGAAUUAGAGAUUCUCAUGGGCUGGGUUCCCUGAAAGAUUUUGGAGUGAACACCUACCGAGAAGUUCCACUUGCUGAGGAUGGGGGACUUGACUGGGAUGCACUUAUGGGUGCUUUGAAACCUCAAACAAAGUGUGCACUCAUACAGAGGUCAUGCAGAUAUUCAUGGUGCCGCAGUUUAAGCAUAGAUGAGACAGCAAGAGCAAUAAAGAUGAUCAAGAUGCAAAAUCCAAACUGCUUGGUCAUGGUGGAUAAUUGCUAUGGUGAAUUUUCAGAAAAUGUCGAACCUCCAAUGGUGGGUGCAGAUUUAAUUGCAGGCAGUUUAAUAAAAAACCAUGGUGGAACUAUUGCACCCUGUGGUGGAUAUGUUGCAGGAAAGGAAAAAUGGGUAAAAGCAGCAGCAGCUCGUCUCUCUGCACCAGGGCUUGGGAUGGAUUGUGGUUCAACCCCAGGUGAUAUUAUGCAGACUUUCUUUCAGGGGUUGUUCCUUUCACAUCAAAUGGUUGGGGAGGCAAUCAAGGGGGGCUUUCUGAUCGCGGAGGUCAUGGCUUCUAAAGGUUUUAAGGUUCAGCCACCUCCUAGAGUACCACGGCAUGAUACAGUACAGGCAGUACAGCUUGGAACCCGAGAGUGUCUUCUUGCUUUCUGUGAGGCUGUACAGAGAAGCUCCCCAGUAGGUUCAUUCACCAGACCAGUCGUGGGUUCCACUCCUGGAUAUGCAUCUGAGGUUAUCCUUGCUGAUAGAACCUUCAUUGAUGGAAGUAUAAGCGAGCUCUCAUGCGAUGGGCUGCUGAGGGAGCCAUUUGCCAUGUUCUGCCAGGGUGGUAGCCACUGGACACAAUGGAGACUGGUUCUAGGAGAGGUUUUGAAAUCCAGAUAAUGUAUCUGCUUUCUUCUGAAGUUACCAUCUUCACCAAUCUCAAUGGAGGAUCAGUUGAACACCGCAUUGCAAUGUGACUGACAAUAUCUUUUUCCUGGCAGAACUCAACUCAAUCUUGGCUUCAAGGUAAUAACAAAUAUGACUCUUUUCCCAAUCAGCAGGUGGGAAUUUGAAGAACUCGGUUUGUGACUCAUCAGUUGAUAAAUGGAGCUGCUACCUGACUUCACAGUUACAUGGGUGCUGUUCAAACCAGCUGUGAUUUUUUAUUUUUUUUUGGAUUAAAUUUUGAUGGAGUUGCCAAUGCAAGUAAAGUGUUCAAUACUUCUGGACAGUUCUCAAUUUUAAUUAUUUAUUCAGCCAUUUAACA